GUGCAGCCUCAGGUGAUAACUGGAGGCCAGGAGAAUUUUGCUUCCAGGGUUUACUGUGUAAGCCAGAAGUGGGUCCUCCCUGCUGCCCUGUUCCUCUCUUUCUCCCUCAAAUGGGAGAGGUAAAACUUGACCAUCCCUACUGUGUGUUCUGUAGGGGACAGCUCUUUUUCUGAUACCUGUAUACAGAGGUCAGGAUCUCCCAGGGACAGUUCUUAAGGCCUUAAGGUGGUUGAGUUAAAGCUGCUGUGGAUUCCCUCUGCUUGAGAGAUCUCUGAUAAUUUGUUUGUCUUUGGUGGCAACAUGAGACUUAGAAGGAUUAAAGUGGUGGUGUCCCUCUUCAUGGAAGCCUCUUCUGUGCAAGGAGGACCAUGGCUUUCUCUGCCUCAGCUGGGAGACCUCCUGUUUCAGGGAGAAGCUGCCAGACAAUCCUGCUGCUCUUCUCCAAGCCUCAGCAUCUGGACAAAUUUCUUGUGUCUUGUUUUCUUCUCUUUACCCAUAUCUUCCAGAGCAGAUAAAGACCAGCCCAGAGACCUGACCUCAGGUUGGUGGGUGUCUCUCAAAGUCACUGGAGCUGGCAAGGCCUCUGGAAAUGGGCAGCCCUUGACCCAGGGCUUGGUCUGACAUGGGCAGGGGGAAAGUCUUCCUGUGCCCACCCCAGGUGGUGUUUCAGGUGGGCAGGAGAGGAGCUGUGGCCAUAGCUGGGGGGCUCAGGGCAGCCCUGCUUCCUCUUGUAGCCCCAGCCAGGAGCUGCCUCUGGGUUUGCAGCAGUACUAACCCACACUGCUGUACUGGCACUGCCACCCCUCCUGCCAGGGCAUCGUGCUGUGGCCCAGCUGUGGGCACGUCCCCUCGCUGGGCCAGUGGCCCUGUGGGAUGCACUCGCCCAGGGUGGCAGGUUCAGUGGGGUCACCACCCCUGGGGUCACGUCCCUGGGAUGGGGGAAAGGAUAGGGAUGGACAGAUGGGUAGAGGGGGCCCCUUCCCCAGAGAUCAUAUCAAAAUGUCUCUUUUGUGCAAAGCAGAGGGAAUGCCCCCAAGAGCUGGUUUCCAUGGCAACUGCAAAUGUCAGGUUCCAUGUGGUGAAUAACCGUUUCCAUGACAACACCUCCUUUAUCCUAGGUGCUGGGAGCUGGAGUGACAGCCCUGCUGGGGGAGGGGACAGGGAGAUGGCCUCAGAUGGCGCGCCCGAUCCAGGUGAAGCCUGCGGACAGCGAGAGCCGUGGAGGGGACAGGAAGCUCUUUGUGGGCAUGUUAAAUAAGCAGCAGUCUGAGGAUGACGUGCUCCGGCUCUUUGAACCGUUUGGGGUCAUUGAUGAAUGCACGGUGCUCCGUGGACCCGAUGGGAACAGCAAAGGCUGUGCUUUUGUAAAGUUCUCAUCUCACACAGAGGCUCAGGCAGCAAUCCACGCACUCCAUGGCAGCCAGACAAUGCCCGGUGCCUCCUCCAGUCUAGUGGUGAAGUUUGCUGACACAGAUAAGGAGAGGACCCUGCGCCGUAUGCAGCAAAUGGUGGGGCAGCUGGGCAUUUUCACUCCAUCUCUCUCCCUGCCGUUCAGCCCAUACAGCGCCUAUGCGCAGGCUCUGAUGCAGCAGCAGACCACGGUUCUCUCCACCUCCCACGGCAGCUACCUGAGCCCGGGCGUCGCCUUCUCCCCGUGCCACAUCCAGCAGAUCGGUGCCGUCAGUCUCAACGGGCUGCCAGCCACUCCCAUUGCACCAGCAUCAGGGCUACAUUCACCACCUCUCCUGGGAACAGCGGCCAUGCCAGGACUGGUGGCACCCAUUUCCAAUGGAUUCACUGGAGUGGUACCAUUCCCAAAUGGGCAUCCAACCUUGGAAACAGUUUACACCAAUGGCCUUGUGCCAUAUCCAGCCCAGAGCCCUUCAGUAGCAGAGACUUUGCACCCAGCCUUCACAGGAGUUCAGCAGUAUGCAGCUGUGUAUCCAACCACCACCAUCACCCCCAUUGCACAGAGCAUCCCUCAGCAGCCUCCCAUCCUGCAGCAGCAGCAGCGAGAAGGUCCUGAAGGCUGCAAUCUCUUCAUCUACCAUCUCCCCCAGGAGUUUGGAGACAAUGAGCUGAUGCAGAUGUUCCUGCCCUUUGGCAAUAUCAUCUCCUCAAAGGUGUUCAUGGAUCGUGCUACUAACCAGAGCAAGUGUUUUGGUUUUGUGAGCUUUGACAACCCAUCCAGUGCACAGACUGCUAUCCAGGCCAUGAAUGGCUUCCAGAUUGGCAUGAAACGCUUGAAGGUCCAGUUAAAACGGCCCAAGGAUGCCAACCAUCCCUACUGACAGCAGUGAGCACGCAGGAGUCACUUCUGCAGCACAGGUGAAGGGAAAGUCCAGAGGAAGAAUUUCUGCUUCAGGUUGAUUUUCAGAGAGGCCAGUAAAUUUAUCGACUCUUUUGACACCACCCCUUUCCUUCCUCGGCUUCCCACCUUACCCACCCCAUCUUCCUCCUCCCCUCCUCUCCAAGACAUGCAAUUAAAGAGAAGGCUCAAUAUCUGCCCAGGAGGAAGAUUUUUGCCAAGCCUGGACUCGCAUAUUUGCUGCUAACGUGGUGCAAAGCAAAGGGACCAGCAAACCAGCAGCCCCUGGGACACGGAGCUCUUCCUCUCGGGGUGUGGCUGGAGAACAUGGACCAAGCAAACCCAUGGUGUGUCUCUAGGUUACUGCAGUGAUGUGUGGAAAUUUACUUCCGUCCCUCCCUCCCUCCUGCUCUGUUUCUGGCCCUUUCAUAGAUAACUAUAAAUAUAUACAAUCUAUUUUUUUUUUAAACUAGCUCACAGGACCAAACUUUUCCAUUCAGAGACUGAUUGCUUGCAAGAGGUAUUGGAAAUUAGGGGUUUGCCUUUGCAACAGUGUCUUCUCAGCACGCACUGCAGAUAGGCCUGAACAUUUUGGAGAGAGGGAGCUGGGGGUGGGUUGGGGAGAGAGAGAGAGAGAGCACAUCUCUCUGUUCAACAUGAGCAAGAAGAAGGAGAAAUACAUUUCUCCAGGAUUAGGGCACAGUCAGCUGCUCAGCUUGAGUCACUCAUCCACCUUAGCACCAGCCUGGUUAAGGAUCUGAAGAGCUCUGUCUUACCUUUCCAAGGGCUUCUGCAGAUAAAGCUCCUGGGAUGUGGUGCCAGCCCCUACCCUGAGCACUCCGUGAUUAGGCUGAAAGCACAGGAAAUCAGUCCCCUUACUUAGAGGAACUGCACUGCCUCCCCACACAUGGCACAGAUCCGUGUUUCACAGCUCUCCAUGGCAACUGCAUUUUCUCGAUGAAGGCAGGAGAAGAUGAGAGAGUGUGAGCAGAUGCAAUCUCCAGCACAGCUAGAGAAGGCUCCCAGGGGCUGCACACUGCCUCCCUGUGUUGGAUACCAGCACUGGAGAGUGGGCAAUUCUCCUUCCAGAUGACACAGGACGUUUGCUCCCUCUGAAUUCAGCAGGAGGACUCUCCUCGUGCACCCGCUGCAAAGCCUUCCCCAGCAGAUGCAAGGAAAAUAGGAUGAAAGAGGGUUCCAUUCUGGGAUUUUCCUCCCAGCUCCCCCUCCAAGAGACAGAUUAUACAUUAUGCAGCAUAUACAUAUAUAUAUACACAUAUAUAUAUAUGUAGGGACAGCUCUAUACACUAUAUACACAAACUCUAAAGCACAGAAUGUAGUUCAGAACUGGAUUUAAAAAAGAUCCCCUGGGAGUGGGGGAUGUGUGUCAUCCUGACAAGGCACAUCCCUUGAACAGUUUGGAACAGUCUCUUCGAGUUUCUACAAAAGUAAGGAAAGGAAAGCAAGGCAGAACAGACCAACAAACCCCAGAGUGAUUAGGAAUGAACAAUUUCAAUAUUCCAGAGUUUGAUAAGGUACCACAAACACUGGAGUGUGUGUGAGGGUGUGUGAGCACAUUGAAAUAGGGACAAGAGAGUUGGUGGGGCAAAGUUGGUGCAAUUGAUACUGAAGUGAGCGAUGGGGAUUUUGGAGAAUCUCGGCCAACUCUCAUUCUCCUCCAGUUUGCCCUUUGUUCAGGUGUUUGUGGCACAGUCCUUUAAGUACCUUCAGAUCUCCUGAACCACCCUUCUGUGUCUGACGCUGAGAGUUUAUGAGAGGUGAAUGAAGCUGUGAGAGUCUGUGUGUUUCUAUAGUCCAUGUUUACUUAUUGUAAAUACCAUUUUUAUACUUAACAUCUAUUAUGUAUGUGAUUUGUAUAAUGUACUUUAUUUCUGCUACAAGUAAUUUCAUGAAGUUUAAACUUAGUCUAAUUUUGAACAAAACAAAAAAAAAAAAAAGAAAAAAUAUGAACAAAUGCAAAAUGGGAAAAAAAAGGACUUUGGGAAUCCUAGGUCAAGCUGGUUUAAAACAAGCAUUUACAGUUUCUUCCAUCACAGUUACUGAUGUGACUGUACAAUGUUACAGGUGCGAUACAAGCUUUGUCAAUGUCAAAUUCCUCACUCUGGUCAAAAAAAAAAUCCUAAAUUUAUUUAAUAAAAGUUUUACUUGCUAAGUAA